ACUUCAAGGAGGAGGUGAAGAAAAGGCAAAGAACAUGCCAGACUUUGGAGAAUGAGCUCAAAGAUGUUCUGCAAGAAAAAAAUUGCUUGAACCUUGAGUUGGUUAGCCUUACCCAAAAGGCACUGCAGUAUGAGCAGGUAAAGUUAGAAUAUGAUCAUCUUAGAGAAACCCUCAGCAUUGUGACUCAGAAAAGAGAUUUGGCUGUGAAGGAGAAGAUUCAGCUCCAAGCCAAACUGGAGAACCUAGAGCAGGUCCUAACGCAUAUGCGAGAAGCUGCUGAGCGGCGGCAACAGCUGGAGUUGGAGCAUGAGCAAGCCUUCGCUGUUCUCAAUGCAAAGCAGCAGGAGAUUCAUCUUCUGCAGAAGGCUCAGGUUGAAGCUAAGAAGGAGCAUGAGGGUGCAGUGCAGCUGUUAGAGGCCAAGGUCCGAGAGUUGGAGCAGAAAUGCCGGACACAGAGUGAGCAGUUCAAUCUCCUCUCGAAGGAGCUCGAGAAAUUCCGACUGCAGGCUGGACACUUUGAUUUACACAGUGCCAACUCCUUAGCAGUGUGUGACACCCAAGGAUCUCCCAGCAAAUCCCUUUCCCAGCUCCUCAGUGCACUAGCCACCCCAAUAGGGAAAGGCAAUGAAAGUCCUCCUGCGAACAGAUCUCUAAUCUCAGAGUUUAUUCAACCAAUCCAGAUAUCUGGAGACAAACCUGAACUUCUGUCCGUCAAGCCGACAUUCCUCACCAGGUCCCAGCCUAGUAGCCCCAGACGUGGAUUCUUGGCAGAGAUGGACAGUGAACCGGGUUCCACUUCUUCUAAAGUGAGGUACACAGGAAAAGUCCGUCUUUGCAUUGCCCGGUACAGUUAUAACCCCUACGAUGGACCCAACGAGAACCCUGAGGCUGAACUUCCCCUUAUUGCAGGGAAAUAUAUUUAUGUCUAUGGAAAUAUGGAUGAAGAUGGCUUCUACGAAGGUGAGCUGUUGGAUGGACAGAGGGGGCUUGUCCCUUCCAACUUUGUGGACUUCAUCCAGGAUGAGGAGGUGCCUUCGGUCCAGACCGCGGACAAUGGCAAAGAUCAGGCUUACCUGAACCACACAGGCCUUGGACAUGAUAGGGGCAGUGGCAUUCUCACGGACUCCAAAUUUGAUGGCAGCAUGUCGGGAGAGGCCACCACCACCACCACCAGCUGCAAUAAUGGGACAGGGACCCUAGACGUCAGCAUCGACGAGAUUGGAGAAGAUAUUGUGCCUUACCCAAGAAAAAUCAACCUAAUCAAACAGCUAGCCAAGAGCGUGAUCGUGGGCUGGGAGCCGCCCAUAGUGCCUCCGGCAUGGGGCACCAUCAGUGGUUACAACGUUUUAGUUGACAAAGAGGUGCGGAUGAGCAUACCUUUCACCGGCAGAACAAAGUUUUUAAUAGAAAAGCUCAAUUUAUCCGCCUGUACAUAUAGGAUAUCAAUACAAAGCAUUACAGGAAGGGGCAUUUCAGAAGAGCUGCGGUGCACUUUGCUGGUAGGGAAGGACGUUGUCGUCGCCCCCUAUCAGCUCAGGGUGGAUAACAUCACGCAGAUUUCCGCAGAGCUGUCUUGGUGGCCAAGCAACAGUAACUAUAGUCACACAAUUUUCCUCAAUGAUGUGGAGUAUGACAUGGUGAAGGCUGCCAGCUACAGGUACCAGUUCUUUAACCUGAAGCCCAACAUGGCUUACAAGGUGAAGGUGGUGGCACAGCCCCACCAGAUACCAUGGCAGCUUCCACUGGAGCAAAGAGAGAAGAGGGAAGUCACUGUGGAGUUCUGCACGCAGCCAGCAGGCCCCCCUGCUCCUCCCCUGGAUGUGAUGGUCCAGAGCGGACCAGCUCCAGGACUCAUCCAGGUCAGCUGGAAGCCGCCUCCCCUCACCCAGAUGGGAAUGUCCAACGGGGCCAACGUCAUUGGCUAUGCUGUAUGCACAAGGGGACAGAAGGUUGCAGAAGUGUUGUUUCCCACAGCUGAUAGUGUGAUGGUGGAGUUGAUUCGGCUCCAGUGUUUAGGAGCCAAUGAAGUUAUCGUCAGGACAAUAUCAGCACAAGGAGAGUCUCAGGACUCCCCCCUCGCCGUCAUUCCACACAGCCUUCUAUUGCCUCCUGUCACCCACCCCCGCUCUGCUCCCAACCUAAAGCCAUUAGCAAGUGCCAGAGAGCCAGAAACCAAAGAGGAGUCCGGCACGGUCCACAGUGUGCGGCUGAAUGAGCCGAGGGAGCCAACUCGCUCCCCCUCCUCGCCCAUCCACCCCGGUCACUCCCUGGAGCCGCCGCACCUCCACAGUCCCUCGCAGGGCCGCAGGUCCCCCUCUCCCCAGAGAAUCCUCCCGCAGCCUCAGGGAGCCCCCAUCCCCAACACUGUGGCCAAGGCCAUUGCCAGAGAGGCAGCGCAGAGGGUCGCUGAGAGCAAUCGGGUGGAGAAGAGGAAUAUCUUCAGUGAAAGAAGUACUGCCAUUCACCUGCUGAACUCUGACGAGGAGGAAGAUGGGUAUGAGUCUCCACACAGGAAGAGGCAGGGGGCUUCCGUGGAUGAGUUUCUGAGAGGCUCGGAACUGGGGAGACAGCAUCUCCAGUACAGCCACAGUGAGGAUUACCAGACUGAGAGCAGCCGGGGCUCUGACCUGUCUGACAUCAUGGAGGAGGAUGAGGAGGAGCUGUACUCAGAGAUGCAGCUGGAGGAAGGCGGGCGGAGGCGCAGCAUCACCUCUCACAGCGCUCUCAAGGCUUCUUGUAAGCAUAACAAUACAAAUGAAGAGGAUUUUGAAAUACAGCUCAAAAUAUCACCCCAAAAACAACUUUGCAGUAAAAAACUUUUCAGUAUCCCAGAAGUAGCGGAGGAUGACUAUGACACAGGCGAAAUGAACCAGAGUAAGAAGCUGGAAGAGGGUUAUGGUGCUGUCUCCAGAAACACUAAAGAAAUUAAAGGAAGAUGUAGUGCAUCCAUCAAGGUCUGCAAACAGCAUGUCAGAAAUCAGUAUUUCUUAUCCCCCACCAAAUGCAACGUCCUCCAGAAGCAAAGAGCUGCAGCAUACGCUCGUGGAAUGGAAAGCUGCUCAGCGUAUAAGGAGCGGGGAUGCCUCAGGUCAAGCAGACAGAGCACUCGAAGCCCCGAUAGCGGUCUGGACUGUGGCAGUGAGGAAGAGGAGGCUCGCUCCCUCAGUUACAGGAUUUUUUGCAAUCUGAGCCCCUUCAAAGGUGUAAACUCUAAUUAUAAUUCAGACAGCUCCUCAGAGGGAAGAAACACUGUGCUGGCCAGCGGGCGAAAGAGAACUUUGACCAGACAGAGCAGUGUUGAAGAAGACUUUGGUGACGUGCCCUUGUCAGUGGCUAAAACUGUGCACGUCGCUGACUUUAAAACGCAGGAUGUCAAAUGCAGACACGACAAGGACGCUAUGCAGAAAAGUUAUCGGAAAGACUUAGUCUCAAACGAUGCAGGACACAGUGCCUCAAAGACAGAAUCGAAAGCAAAUCAGAAAGACUUAAAGGCAGCAAAUACUAUUUCAAAGCCAGCCAACAGGGAAAUUGAAGACAGUUCGAUUUUAGGUGACCCUUCCUCCACAGGACGAGCAGACCGGAUAGAUCACUCCGGUCGACGGCUGUCCCACGGCAAUGCGGUCCAGCAGCGGCCCCUGCCCAUGAUGGUCCCUUCCAUCGAAAUCACCAUGGACAGUAACAGUGAAGGGGGCCGGUCCUGGUCAGAGGGUCAGAGGAAUGUCUCGCCUGUCAAGGAGGAUGUUUACUAUCGCACUGUACCUGGACACAGGAAAUGGCCAUUACAACGCGGCAUGGCCUCUGAGCGUCGAUAUGAUGGUUACGGUGGCCAAGAACGGCACUCUCCAGAGUUCUAUGAAGAAUCAGAGCCUGAGGACACGUCACGAAUAUUCGUCGCCCUGUUUGACUACGACCCCCUGUCGAUGUCCCCCAAUCCCGAUGCUGCGGAUGAGGAGCUGCCCUUCAAGGAAGGACAGAUCAUGAAGGUGUAUGGAGAUAAGGACACAGACGGGUUUUAUAGAGGGGAGAUCUGUGGGAGAGACGGCCUUAUCCCUUGCAACAUGGUCUCUGAAAUCCAAACAGAUGAUGGUGAAAUGAUGGAGAAACUCAUCAAACAAGGCUUCCUCCCCCUCAACACCCCCGUAGAAAAAAUAGUGAACUGUGAUCGUUUCAAAGACAGUGCGCGUUCAGUUAACCGCAGGUCCAGAAAGUCUAAACGAGAACGUAACAGACGGAGUGGCAGACAGCACCCUGUAUCCACCACGAGGAUGGUCGCUCUCUACGAUUACGAUCCGAGAGAGAGCUCCCCAAAUGUUGAUGUUGAGGCUGAACUAACAUUCUGUGCAGGCGACAUCAUUACUGUGUUUGGAGAAAUCGAUGAAGAUGGAUUUUAUUAUGGAGAAAUUAAUGGACAUAAAGGUCUUGUUCCUUCAAACUUUCUUGAAGAAGUGCCUGACGAUGUGGAAGUCUAUCUCUCUGACACUCCAUCUCGACAUGUCCAUGACACCCCAGUGCGGACAAAGACCAAAAGGGUGCCCUCUGAAAACGCUGGACCCUCCAGGAGAGCCCCCUCUCCUACUGUACACCCUGGAUCUGGAUCAGGAACAAUGGGGAUGGGAAGUCCUAUUAGGGGUAGAGAAUUCUCCUCCAAAAAGAAAAAGGGGCUGCUCUCAAAGGGGAAGAAACUAUUGAAAAAACUUGGAGCAGUUAAAUAAGUUUUUAUUUAUAAAUAUUUAAGUAUUAUGGAAUAAGCGCAAAAUCUCCCAGUCUUGUAUUUUAAAAUGAAUAGGUGUCAAAACUAGGUUUUUCAUGACUGCUGUCAACUAGUCAAGUACUGUAGGGUAUAAGUUUAGACUGAGCCAGAAGGUAAAUUUUCUUUUGAUACAGGGAUUAACAGUUAAUGGUACAAGGACCAGAUGUCACAAAUUAUGCAAUUUAUGUUUCAAAGCUGCCAAAUUAGCAGCAAAACUAGAAGGGCGUUUUAAAACUUGUUUUCCCACGUUUUAAACGCAAUUUAGAACGGUCAAGUAUUGACAAAAUAGUAUUUGUUACCACCUCAAAAGCCAUCACAUGCUGCCCUUGUCCUGUUUACAGAACCAUUUUGUUGCAUUCACAACCUUGUUUUCUAGUGUGCUUGUACUGAUUUAGAAAACAAUUAGAGCUCCGUGAAACAAUGGUACAACCCAUACUUCCCUGUAAUCACAAAGGCAGCUUCCUGCACCUUAGCUUUGGGUGCUUCAGUAUCAGAAAUGUGUCACGACUAAAUUAAUGUGGUUAAUAGGUAAUGGUUGCAAAUUAAAUUUUACCUUGAAAUGCAAUUUACUGGAUUUUGCUAGAGCUCAAAUUCAUUGUUCGACUUUCCCUGCAUCUUUGCCAAGACUUUGCAACAGGCCCACCUUUCUCUAGAUCCUCUACAUCCACAGAAAUCCAGCAUGGAUUUUUAGGUAUCUGAACUUAGAAGAAAAACAUAAUUCCCUUUUGAACUAGCAUGUCCUUACUACCAGUAAGUGAAACUAAUUAAAACAUUCAGUCAUGACUAGUUUACCAGUAUUAAACGAGUCAUGAAAUCUCUAGUUGAAACCAGCCUUGAUGUCUGCCUUAUAAAUGCACAACAAUGGUUUGUACUUUGUCCAGUGAAUGGAGCAAGUAUAAUGUGUAUGUACUGUGUGCAUUGUUCUUUCAUUCCAUCACUAGAAAAAAAUUUAGUUAAGGUGAUGUGAACAAGUGAUGUGCUGCUGACUGCAUUUCAAUGUAUAACCUCUGGGUGGUGGUGUAAAAAUUAUCCACAAUAUUCUGUCAGACUAAAUUUCCACUGCAGACCUACACUUAAUUCCAAAGGAUCUUGAGAUUUCGCCACAAAAAUUGCUGUUGAAAUAUUAAACAAACCCAAGUAAAAUGUUGUAAUUAAAAUGAUCUAGCCAAUUUGUUGCAAGGAAACAAAAGCAUUGAAACCUGGCUUGCAUAUAAAGUUUACAAUAUUGACACUCAUCUUUAUGUUUUUAUUCUUGUUACUUGAUCAAUCAGGAAUUUAAUUGCUAGUAGUAACUGAACAUUUGUUAUACAUGCAUUUUCUGCAUAACAGAUCCUACAUUCUAACAAAUGUUUGAACUUGGCAUUUUUGGUCCAAUACAGAAAGCCACACAAAAUAUUUGGGUGGGGGAAACAUUUAAUUUUAGAUUAGGUGUUGUUAACAUUACUUGCAGCAGUUAUUUAUUAAAAGCCCUUGGCCAACACCCUUUUCCCAUUUAGCUUUUAAAGUUUAUUUUAGUAACACCCAUAUCAAUUUGCUUAAGAGACAAGCACAUAUCCCCCCAUUUUCCUCAAACUUGCAAGAUGUUGAACUUUAAAAAGAUACAUUAGCGUUAGUCAAAUGUUUUUAAAAGUGUCAUCUCAAAGAGAAAGAACUUACUGUAAUACCGGAGAUAUACAUUUAGCCAAAACAAACUAGUCUUUUAUCCAUACUCCUACAUGUACAUUUUUGCAACCCAUAAUUCACAGUACUCUAGCACUGCUUAUAUACACAUUGUUUGACCGUUGCUCUUUUGUACUUUGUCCACUUGUAAAUUGUUUUUAAUGUUUGUACUUGAUUUUCAGACUGCCUUUUUUGUAAAUUCAAAUUUAUAAUCAGUGCAAGCUUUCCCCAUGGCGUCAAGAAACAUGUAACUUGUUUAAAAAGUCUGCAGUUGUGUGCUAGCUUUAUGAAUCUACAGAACUCAUUGGCCUAUAUUUGUGGUAAUCAACUGUUGUGAGUGUGUGCAUGUGUAAAUGUGUAAUAUACAUUUUUAUAUUAAUAAAUUUGAUAUUUUUUA